AUGAUUGCUUUUACGGAUAUAAUAAAAAAUUACCUUGUUACAGUAACUAUCGCCAUAGCCACGACAACCAUAGACCUGACAGAGACCAAAGAAUUCUGCAAUAUGGAAACCUUCAUCGCCAACUGCAGUCACAUCCCGAACAACCUAAUCGUUGUUGAGGCGGCCAGUUACGGACUGAUGCGAUUAGGCAGAUGUUUAAAAGUGGACUACAGUAACAAAUUAGGAUGUAGGGCUGACGUCAUGGCCGCCAUGGAUAGACACUGUUCCGGAAAAGUUUCGUGCAGUGUGAAGCUACCUGAUGAGCAAGUUUAUUCUUUGAAUGUUUGCCCGCCCGAGGUAACCUCCUACCUCGAUGCCUCCUACUUCUGUCUAAACGUCGAACCAGAAAAUGCUCAAAAAUGCGAAACUGCUACGGUGUUAACGUCAGAAUCAGGGCACAUAAGUUCAUUGAGAUCGGAUCUCGUGCGAUGCAGAUGGUUCCUUAAGGUACCAAAAGGCAGACGCAUCAACAUAACGCUAAUCGACUUUUUCCACCAGCCUAAUUUCCAGCCAUACUCUCACAACUACCAGAUAAAACACCCACAACCACAACAACCACAACAGCUACAACAACCACAACAGCUUCUACCGACAGCCAUCUCAAACAUCAACGCACAGCAGCAGCAACAGCAGCAGCUACACAAGCAUCAGCCAAAUCAUCUUAGCAACUACGUGACUUCGAGCGAAUGUCUGAAAUACGCAAUCGUCAAAGAGACAACAACAUCCGACAAUUCGCCACCGAAAAUUUCGACGAUUUGCGGCGGCGGACCGCGCGUUCGAACCGUGUACCUCUCGGAUACAAACUCUCUUGAAGUUUCUAUUUAUUCCGCUCUCAAAGGGCCAUUCGGUACAAAUGGUCAGAUCGAAAAGGCGAGAUUUUUGCUGAAAUAUAAAGCUUUUGGCUGCCCCGACCUUGACCCCAGAGGUUCAGAUGGAUGGACGGUGGUCAGAGAAGGAGAGAAAUCUAUAAUUAGCUGUAACGGCUCUCACGAUAAUGCCAGCAGAUACCAUUUAAUAUGUGAGGACGACCGCUGGAUAGGGGACAUCCCGACAUGUUCAGCUAGAACGGCUGAUGAAGCUAUUACAAACAACGACAACAACAACAACAUCUACAACAUCAACAACAAAAAUACCAAAUGA